UAUUAAUGUGUACCUAAGUUUUAUUGUGUAAUUUCAAAUAGAUGGUGUACAAGGUGUGAGGUUUUUCCAGAGUGCGAAGAGGACAGCCGAAGGUCUUCUGGGCCGUGGUGAUGACCCUCUGCAGUGUUUUCCUCUGAUCUCCUGUGCAGCUGGUGUACCACACACAUAUACAGUACAUUACAUCCAGAGAUGAGGCGUUCCCAGUUCAAGAACUCCAGUCCACACAGAGACGUCCAGUCCCCAGUGACACAGCUACGGUUGGUGCUGCUGGGCAGAACAGGUUCAGGUAAAAGUGCCACUGGAAACACCAUCUUGGAUAAAGAAUGUUUUCCAUCUGCACUGAGCAUGAGCUCAGUGACAAAGCAAUGCAAGAGGGAAUGUGGAGUAGUUCAGGGGCGGAGCCUGGCAGUGAUUGACACUCCUGGCUGGUUCGACACUUCUCUCCACCAAAAUAAAACAACAGAGGAAGUGCUACGAUGUCUGGCCAUGUGUUCACCUGGACCACAUGCGUUUCUGCUCAUCAUACCAAUCACUCAGUUCACAGAGGAGCAGCAGCAGACUGUAGACAUGAUUGAGAAGGUUUUCAAGGGGAACUUCAGUGAUCACACGAUCAUCAUAUUUACCCGUGCAGACGAGCUGGAAGGAGAGACAAUUGAGCAAUUUAUAUCAGAACAGGACGAGAGAAUCCAGGAUCUAAUUGCACGAUUCGGUGGGCGGUUCCUGGAUUUCAACAACAAGAACCCAGAGAAUCGGCAGCAGGUGAAACAGCUCCUGAAGAAGCUGGAUGAGUUGCUGGAACUUAACAAGUACCGUCACUUCACCAACCGGGAAACAGAAGUUGUAGAGAAGGCAGUAACAAUGUUGGAACAGAAAAAGCAAGAAAAACUGGAUGAAUCAAUUAAGAAGGCCAAGCAGGAAGUACGACAGAUAGCUGAACGUCGCAGGGCUGACAUCAUAAAAGCCCUUGAGACAGAAAAUCAAGAUAUAGAAAGAACCAAAAAUCACAUCCAUGGUAUAAUCCUCAGUUUAACAGCAGAAAUUAACAAAGAAAAUGAAAACCUUUAUGAAGUUCCACAGAAGUUGCACUUGCUGCAGGAGUCUCUAGAGAAUGCAAAAAUCAGCCUCAGAAACCUGGAGAAGGAGAAGAAGUUAAGGAUAAAGGAAAGUGAAGAAAAGAAAAAGGAAGUAGAAAAAUGGAUGGAGGAAGAAGAGCAAAGAAGAGAGCAAGAAGAAAGAGAGAAGGCUUUAAAUGAGGAUGGAAAGGAAUGGUAUUAUAAUGAAAAAUAUAUGACUAUCCUGAAGUACCUCAUAAUUUUUUUGGGAGGUGCUGGAGUUGGAGUUGGAUUUACGUUUCUACCUGCACUUUUUAUGACUGCAGCACCUGUAGGAAUAGCAGCAGAGUUAGCUGCACUACUCGGACCAGAGCUUGCAGCUGCCGUAAUGGCAGCAGCUACAAAAGCGGCUCCUUUAAUUGGUGUAGCAUCAAAAGUAGCUCCAAUGGUGACUGGCCUUUGUUCCAUUCAGUAA